ACCCAGACGGGAUGUCCCACUUUGAGCGAUCGGACAGGGGGGGCCGGCAGGGCCACUGGAGGCGGAGACAGCACCGACUAAACGGACCGGACCACUUCCACAAUGACAACAGGCCUGCAUAUGACGGUGGGUGCCGCGUGGGCCCCAGGGUGCUGCAGCCGCCUGCAGUGCGAGGAGAGCACCAGGGGGUGGCGCUAGACGACAUCACACUCAAGCACAUGGCUCAGGACUGCACCUUCGUCAAGAACCAGCUGCUCAAACUUAAGAACCUCCUGCAGAUGGAGGAUGGUGCCGCAAUACCAGAAAUUCCAGAAUCCAGUGAAGACAACAGCGCUCUUCAGUUGCAGGAGUUGACGCGAGAGGUUGCUGAUCUGCGUGAGGAGCUGAGGCGUAAGGAUCGCACCAUCGCCCACCUGUCUCAGCAGCAACACCUUCAGAGACAACAGCACGCAAUGUAG